GCAGCGGCUGCCGCAGGGCGCCGGGGCUGCGGGCGCCCCGCCUGGGAGGGGUUAAGCGGCGGCCCCAGCCCGGGGGCGGACGGGGCGGCUGCGGCGGCGGCGGCUGCUAUACGGCGGCGGGGCUCUAGGUGUCCUGCCUGGGAGGGUCCCUGCUGCAUUGCAGCCGCCGCGCUGCUCCCUCUCCGCGCACACAAUGGCGACUCCCAGCCCCAGCAGCGGCUCCGGCGCCGGCGGCGGGAGCGGGCCGGGCCCGGGCGGCCCGCAGGCGCACGCCGCCGCCAGCAGCAUGCAGGGUAAACGCAAAGCGCUGAAGUUAAAUUUUGCAAAUCCACCUUUCAAGUCCACAGCAAGAUUUACUCUAAACACUUCGGGAGUUCCUUUCCAAAAUCCACACAUUGAUACACAAGCAACCCUGGGUAGUAAUCACAUUGUCCCGUUCAGUUUCAAAAGGAGAGAAGCGGACCUCAUCCAGAAACUUUCCAGCAGGCUACAAGAGAGACUGAGAACACACAGCAUUGAAUCAUCAGGAAAAUUGAAGAUUUCCCCUGAACAACAUUGGGAUUUUACAGCAGAGGACUUGAAAGACCUUGGAGAAAUUGGACGAGGCGCUUAUGGUUCUGUCAACAAAAUGGUCCACAAACCAAGUGGGCAAAUUAUGGCAGUUAAAAGAAUUCGGUCGACAGUGGAUGAAAAAGAACAGAAGCAGCUUCUGAUGGACCUUGAUGUAGUAAUGCGAAGCAGUGACUGCCCGUAUAUUGUUCAGUUUUAUGGCGCACUCUUCAGAGAGGGUGACUGUUGGAUCUGUAUGGAGCUCAUGUCUACCUCGUUUGAUAAGUUUUACAAAUAUGUAUAUAGUGUAUUAGAUGAUGUUAUUCCAGAAGAAAUCCUAGGCAAAAUCACUUUAGCUACUGUGAAAGCACUAAACCACUUAAAAGAAAACUUGAAAAUCAUUCACAGAGACAUCAAACCUUCCAAUAUUCUUCUGGACAGAAAUGGAAACAUUAAACUCUGUGACUUUGGCAUUAGCGGGCAGCUUGUGGACUCCAUUGCUAAAACGCGGGAUGCAGGGUGCCGGCCGUACAUGGCGCCUGAAAGGAUAGAUCCCAGCGCAUCCAGGCAAGGCUAUGAUGUCCGCUCAGAUGUCUGGAGCUUGGGAAUUACAUUGUAUGAGCUGGCCACAGGGCGAUUCCCCUACCCCAAGUGGAACAGUGUGUUUGACCAGUUGACACAAGUAGUAAAAGGAGACCCACCGCAGCUGAGUAACUCAGAGGAAAGGGAGUUCUCCCCAAGUUUCAUCAACUUCGUCAACUUGUGCCUUACAAAGGACGAGUCCAAAAGGCCAAAGUAUAAAGAGCUUCUGAAACAUCCCUUCAUCCUGAUGUAUGAGGAACGCACAGUGGAUGUUGCAUGCUAUGUUUGUAAAAUCCUGGAUCAAAUGCCAGCAACUCCCAGCUCUCCAAUGUACGUCGAUUGAUAUUGCUGCUACAUCAAACUCUAGAAAAAGGGCUGAGAGAAAACAAGCUGUAAAGAAUUUUCAUCACAUAUUGCAGUGUUUUUAAUGCUCGCCCAGACACCAUGUGCAAUAAUAUUGGUGUUAUUUCCAUCCUGUCUGUAUACUGUUGUCACAUAUAAAGUGCAUCCCUGUAAUAUCUGAUCACACAGUGUUAGUGUUGGUCAAAGAGAGACCUCAUCUUGCUCUUUUGUGGACAUAUUCAUGAAAUGUGGAAAUAAGUACAUUUAUUUGUUGACCGUGAUUGGAUAGCACCUAAAAUUCAUUUCUGACUCAAAACUUGGAGACUUCUCAGCAGCUACUGGAAAGAUUUUUCUCUCAAACUCUUCCAAUUGUUGUUUCAAGUAAUAAUAAAAAGCAAACAAACAAAAGUUAGGCGUUGUCUGUCUGAACAUUAAGAGACUUUGCCUGGAGGGAGAAGAACUUGCUUAACCAACGAGAUGCUUUUGCCUUCUGGAGCUAGAAAGGCAAAGGAGAAUUUUAUUCUUCACAAAGUGCAAUAGAUUUACUGCUAUGAAAUUCUGUUGCUUUACAGUCGCAGUGUACUUUCUGGGGACAGUGUGCUCAGCUGAACUUCCUGUUAAAGAGAGAUCAUGUUAAAUAUAGUGAAUAUGUCUUUACCAAAAAUAUGUUGCGUUGAAAGAGGCUAACAUUAAACUAUUCAGAGAUGGGACAUAAUGUAUUCUUUCUCCUUUUACCAAGCCAGCCACUCUUCACUCUUAACUAGGUGUCCUGUAAAUUGUUACCUGGUAAGAUAAGACCUUUGACCUGAAGAAUUAUUAAACUACUCGAUUGAAUUUAACCUGCUUGUGACCUGAUUUAUAGCUGCACAGUGCUCACCACCAGCUGGCUUUUCUUUGUCUUCGACAAGUGCUGUUCACAAAGUCUGCAGCUGUUUUAAUGAGCCGCAAAAGAAUGUCUGUGAUUUCUAGCCAAUAUUUCUCAUGUUCUUCACUGUCCCCAGCCCUGAUGCUAGCGGCUUUUCACUGACCCUGAGACCAGGCCAGCAGCACUGCCACCUCCCAGCCCAGUGCCCUCACAAGACCAAACCUCAGCGCUUCCUUCUCGCCACUGCAAGCAGGAUGGUGGUCAUGUCCCCCUGUUGCAAUGGGGCUCUGUGCCUGCCCCGCUGCUGCAAGUCACGCUCUGCUUAGCUUGCUGGAGACUUUGUUCACCACCUUCUGGGCAUAUUUAACCUCUUGUGACCCUCCACAGCUCUUGUUGCUGCACCGUAGAGCGAACCUCACUUAGAUUGUUUGGUGCAGAUAGAGAUGAGGUGGAGAUGAGGGAGUGUUUAAUGCCUUGUGGGCUUUUAGCUGACCCAGCAACACCAGGCAAGCUAUAAUCUUCUGGCCCAUUGCUGAGCAAAAAAGCACAUAACUUGUUUUUUUUUAAAAUCGACAUAUUUUUCAAAGAUUAAUUUUUCCCGAAAACUUUUUUUUUCCAAAACUUUGCAGUUUUCAGGUAUUUAGUAGCAUACUGGGGAUAAAAUGGAGGCUGCAGCAUCUCUGACUUCCAUUUUUAGUUGUCUAGUUUAGGCAUUUGGUAGGACUUCAUCAACGUUAGAGCAACCUACUGUCAAAGCUCUGUGGCAAAACUGGACCCAGGACACAGAGGGCUAGAGACGCAGUGGGAGUGAAAACACAGCGGUACUGGCAGGAUUCCCAAGGAAGGGCUUUCCAUGUCACAUCAAUGCUACCAAGCGCAAACUGGACUGAUGCAGGAGCACUGGAGACCAGCACAUCCCUGCCCCAGUUGCUCGGUUGGGAAAGGAGGGAGCCGAGGCCGUGCUCAUGUGGACGGCUGGUGUUUCUGUGGCCGCAGAGGUGACACCCUUGCCUAAGGCUUGCAGCACUGCGUAUCUCCCACUGGGCUGCCAGAGCUGGUCCCUCUGGCACCAAGGCUGACACGGAUGUGAUCCCUUGGGGCACAGUGUGCCUGGCUGGGCAGGGAGGUGCAGUCCUGCCCUUCCUGGAUUACGUUCCUCCAGGGCUGCUCAUCAGGCGAGGCAGUCACUAAAGUCUUCCCAAAACGGACAAGGCAGAGCUUUCUGAAGUAACUAGUCAUUCCCAACAGCUCUGAUAAAUCACGUGGAAGGAUCAGUUGAACAAGAUACACAGCAUAUCUAAAGCAGUAAUUCUCCCCCCAGCCCUGUAGCCUCAGAAAACUUAGCUUUUCUCAGGCUUGGCAAAUCCCCGCAGCUGUGAUUCAUCUCACCAGCCUUCAGCCACCAGUAAUGGGACCUUGGGUGUGCUGGGUCUCACAGGGUGCUGGCUGGGGGUCUAGAGAGACACGGAUCCAGUAAAGACAGAUGCGUGCAGAGGUGCUCUGCCUCUGUCCCCACGUUUCAGACACUGAAGUCUGAUUCACAUCUGCCCAGGGACAGGGAGUCCAAAAAUGUUUCAGAGGGCUAACACUGAGAUGGAUCCUCCCAAAAAUCAGUUUCCCUCCAAUGCAAGUGACUGCCUUGCUCUGCUCUUUCGGAAUGGCUGGGGUCCGUUCUCUGGUGCUGGCCCUGUCCGGAGCUCGUCUUUAGCAGCACAACCAGUUUGCUUUUGACAGAUGGGAAAUGGAAACACAAAGCUUUGAGCUGCUAGUGGCAAAAUCAGGGUUGAGGUGCUGUGGCAUGGUUGGCUGUACAGAAGGACAGGUUUAGUGUAUUAAACAUAGACUAUUAUAAACUAUUAAGGGUGCACCAUUUAUUACAAUGUAUCUUUAUUAAAAAAGAAAAAAAAAGGUGUAUAGUGUUCAGAAGCUGUGAAAAUAGUGUAAGAACUGUACAUUGUGAACUCUGGUUAUUUUUUUUUUCUUGUACCAUAGAAAAAUGUAUAAAAAUUAUCAAAAAGCUGAUGUGCAGGGAUGUUGCCUUAUUGUCUGUAAAAUGGAGCUCAGGAACAUAACUGCUUCAAAGAGCUUCAGAAUAUUUUAUCUGGUAUCCUGGUUUGACUUCCUCCUCUAUUUAAGAUAUUAUACAUGGAUCAGAGUGUUUAUGUAAUAGUUCUAUCCUUUUGCCUGCAGGUCAGUUGUAAUAAAACUAGGAUGCGACUGUGA